AUCAUGAAUGUGCUAAUACCAACCGCAUAUACGGGUUCUACGAUGAAUGUGAGAGUGAUUGGUAUAGAAAGGCGGUUGGACUUGGUCGACGAAACCCCCCACUUUGUGCUUCCUGCGUUAUGAUAUAGGCAAGAGGCGAUACAGCAUCAAGUUGUGGAAGAUGUUCACCGAUUGUUUCAACUGCCUUCCACUCGCGGCAGUUGUCGAUGACAAGAUAUUCUGCAUGCAUGGAGGACUAAGCCCGGACCUUUAUAACAUGGAGCAAAUACGGCGGAUGACGCGCCCGAUGGAUAUCCCGGAUGCAGGAUUGUGCUGCGACCUGCUGUGGGCUGAUCCCGAAAAGGGCACAUUGGGAUGGUGCAGGAAUGAUCGUGGCGUUUCCUUCACGUUCGGAGCCGACAUUGUUUCGGGGUUUCUCCAACGGCACAGCCUAGAUCUCAUUUGUCGUGCCCAUCAAGUAGUCGAAGAUGGAUACGAAUUCUUUGCGAGAAAGCGGCUUGUGACUAUCUUUUCCGCGCCAAAUUACUGUGGCGAAUUCGAUAAUGCGGGGGCGAUCAUGAAUGUCGAUGAGCUGCUGGUAUGUUCUUUCCAAAUUCUAAAGCCAACGAAUCAGAAGUCACAGUAUAGUACUCGAGACAUUGCUACUAUGCCACGGAUAUGGCGGCAAAUGUCGAUUUAGCGGGUUUAGAAGUCACGUUGUUAAACACGGUGGUGAGGGAACGUGUAAAGGGCAUUGGUGCGGCCCGUGAGCUCAGCUCCCCCUAUUUGUUUCAUGAUUUUCCACCUGUGUAAUAUACUAGUAUUAUCUUCGGACACCUAAGCUUGGGCCAGAUAACCAUGAACGCCAAGCCACAGCAGGAGCCAGGAGUUGGGUGCGCUGAGAUGCUAAAAGUUUGGUCCCAAUAGAGUUACAAUAGUAGCUUAACCAAUGGUUGCCUGU